AUGGCUGUCAAGGGUGAGACCUUAACAAGCCAUGAUAGAAUAUUGUUGAGGAUAAGAACUCAACAAGCUAUUAGAAAGGCAAUUAUUGAGGAAAAUGAACCCGUGUCUUGGAUUGCCGAUGAAGAUUUACUGAAUUUCCAUUUGAAAUGCCUCAGUUUGCUUUUGGAUGACAUCAGUGUUGGUGGAUUGGUGCCAGCCUUCUUAUUACCUGGAGAUAUGCAGAAAGAAGUUGCAAUGUCUCCAGACAAUCUCCUGAGCACUUUUAUGCUUGAGAAAGAAAGAAACCAGGCUCUGGGGAUAGCGGAUGAUUUAAAGGGACAACUGAAAGGGGCUGAGGACAGUCUGAAUCAAACUCUGAAAGAACUUGAGGCAAGCCAAACUGAGGCCAAAGCUGCACUUGAAAAGGGAUACAACAAAGGAAUCAAAGUAGCUACAAACAGCUACACGAACCAGAUGCCUGGGAUUCAAGACCAAGAAGACAUUGCAGAGGAGAGAGAUGAAGAGCAGGAGGUACAUACGUCUGAGCAACAUACGUCUGAGCAACAUGUUCCUGAUGUUGAUCCAGCUUUCACUAGCCAUGAAUACAGCCCCCAAAAUCAUUGCAACCCUUGCAGAAAUCCAGCGAUCUCACAUAUGCAAGAUUACUACCAAUUUAGCGAAAAAGCCCACUACCCCUACCUUUCACCGAAAAGUGCAGCAAAGGCAACAAUUGUGGAGCAGAAUAUGAAAAUUGACCAACUAAUUGGUAAGCACUCUUUCCACAAGCAUUCUUUCCACGACAAGAAUAUCUAUGUAUACCAUAAAAACUGUGAUUUUAAUGCUGUUGAUGUGAGAAUAUUUUCAGAUGAAGAUUUAAAUGUGUGCCCCACAUCUGAAAGAGUUAGCUUGCAUGAGAAUGUAGUAGAAGCAAGCGAAGACCAACAUAUUGAAAUUGACCCUAUAAAUGGUGUGGAAAAUAAUCUGCAACUGCCACCCAAAAUAGUUCAGUCGCUUGGGGAUGCUCAAAGAUUAAGUGGAGUGUCAAAUUUAAACGGUGAUAUAAUUGUCCCUUAUCCCCAUUUUGUUGACUUCCAUCCAAAUGGGAUUACAUGGGUAGUCAAAGCUCGAUUGGUCAGAAUGGUAGAAGUGUUUAAUCAGCUUUUACCUCAUACAACGCUGAUAUUGGUUUUACUUGAUGACCAGGGUGAUGCUAUGGAGGCAAGUGUAGGGCCUGAAGAAGUGUUCUAUUUCAGGGAGCAUCUUUUCGAGGGUAGGGUCUACCUUUUUAAAGGAGUCAGUAUUGUACCAGCUGAUGAGAAGUACAAUCUAGUACCGUACCACUACAAAAUGUGUUUUACUGAUGAUACAAGAGUAGAACAUGUAUAUAUCACAUGUGAUAGGACACCCCUUCAUUGGACUUACCGUGUAAGAUUACAAGAUAUCCAUCAUUUUGCCAAGAACUAUGUACAAUUGAUAGAUGUGGUUGGGUUGGUUGUCAUUGUCACUAAACAUCAAAGUACUAGAAAUGAAGAUUUGAUGAUGAGAGAUGUGGUUUUGCUUGAUAAAAGUAUGACGUUUGUUCGUCUUACUUUGUGGAAUGAAUUUGCAAUGAGAGAUGGGAUGCGUCUCCUUGAAACUCUGCACCAAAAUAAUAUUUUGUUUGCUACAGGGUUAAAGGUCGAUGAUUUUCAUGGUCCGUACCUUAGCACUUGCAAGAAGAGCAAAUUAUACGUUAACCAGUCAAUUCGGACAAACGGGAUUCCUGAAUGGUUUGCAAAAGACGAAAUUGCACAAAAGUCGGUAGCAUGGAAUCGCACACAUGGCUUUUCGCUCCCACAGGCAUUAAUAAUUUCAAAUGUCAGGAGAAUUCUAAUAAACCAAUUUGCGUUUUGGGCCAAUGUAAACUAUUAUCGCGUAAUUGGCCGCAUUGAAAAAAUAUAUGUUGAACAUCUAUGGAUUGAUUUAUGCAAUACAUGCUAUAACCAAGUUGACAAUCAAUACGGUUGGUUUAUGUGUAAACAUUGCGGCUAAGAACAUGUGCAGACUGUAACCAGGUAAUCAAUCCACACAUCUAUAAUGAGUAAUACAACUUAUAUGUAACAUAUAUAAAACGGUUGAAAUUUGCAUUUAUUGUAGGUAUAAUGCAAAGAUGGUCGUGAGAGACUCCACUGGCUCAAUGGAACUCUUGGUAAAGGACAUGAAGGCAGAAUUCAUCUUACAAUGUGUCCCUUCAUAUCUGAAGAAAUUAAUGUUAAAGGAUAAUGGGGCGCAAAUGCUCAAAGAUUAUAUUUCUCAGUUUUAUGAAUGUCCAUACGUGUUUAUUAUUCCUGCUCCAAAAUUUGGAUGCGUUGACCAUUGUGCUCCUUUGGUGACUUUUGUGUUAAAAGUUGAUUGGUCAGAAGAGUGUUGGCACAUUUUCAAAGGAAAAUCGAGAACUGGCAAAGAGACAUUGAAUUCGUCAUGAUAAGAAAUUUGUUAAUACAUUGAAAAUUACAUAAUGACAUUUUAUUUGUUAGGUUAAGUUUUACAAGA